ACUGUGUACAUUGAAAUCAUCGAAGCUGCAUUUUUUAAAUGUCAUAACAAUAUAAAUACUUUUUUAAACUGAUUUAUAUUUAAUAAUUAAACUUUAAUGUGACUUUUAUUAAUAUAAUAAACGUAGUCUUCCAAAACCGGUAAUUUCUUAGUGUUCUUAAUCGUAGUCUAGUGAAAUAAAAUCGUGUCUAACCUCACUUUAUAUUUCUUAGUGAAACAGCAAGUUUUAUAUAAAUUAUUCGAGUUAUUUAUUUAUAAGCGGUGUGAAUUUAAAUUCGAAAUGAUUAGUGAACAAUGUAUAACUGAUCACUGUGAUAGUGUGAAUUGUAAUAUAGUGCAUACAAAUAUGAGGUCUACAAUAACUUUUAGACCUAGGAGUUCGCUGGCUAGAGCUUUGUACGAAAAGCAAAGACACGACGAAUAUCUUGAAAAGUUUGAUAAGAAUGAGUGGUAUCAAUGUGAUUUAAGCUCACUACCCUCUUCACUUUCAAGAACCUUCGUUCAACUGGAUCCGGAUCAGGAUACAAUUCAUUUUUUGGAACAAUCUGAAAAGAAAUCUGAAUGGGUGUUUACUCAGUUGUGGCAUUCAGUCGUCAAAUUGUUUUUAAGUUGGUUUUUGACGCAAACUUCAAUAAAUGGUUGGCUCCAACGUGGUUCCAUGUUCGUUUUAUCGGAAUCCCAGUUAAGGAAAUUAUUAAAAGUAGACAAAGAUUGGAGAUCUGGAACACUUAUAGACUUAGGUGCAGGAGAUGGAGAAGUAACAGCACAUAUUGCACCACUUUUUGACAAGAUUUAUGCCACUGAAGUUUCUAAUACUAUGAAAACGUUGCUGAGAAAUCGAGGUUAUGAACUGCUGGAAAUUGACGAAUGGCAUCUAAACAAUAAAUAUGACUUCAUAUCGUGUCUUAACGUCAUCGAUAGAUGCGAUACCCCUUUCCAACUGCUCACUAAUAUACAUAGCGCGUUAAAACCUGACGGUAGAGUUUUGUUAGCUGUAGUUUUACCAUUUUCAGCAUAUGUAGAAUCAGGUUCUGCCGAUCACAAACCUCGAGAAUUAAUUCGAGUAAACGGCACAAAUUUUGAAGACCAAGUUAAAAGCUUUGUGGAAAACGUUUUUACUCCAACCAAUUUCGAAGUAGAAUCUUGGAGUAGGGUUCCUUAUUUAUGCGAAGGAGAUCUCCAACAAUCUUAUUAUUGGUUAGACGACGCCGUUUUCGUACUCAAACAUAAAAACUCUUAAGAGAUAUUACCAGUAUAUAUAUAUAUAUAUAUAUAUAUAUAUAUAUAUAUAUAUAUAUAUAUAUAUAUAUACCGAGGGCGAUUCAUUUUACCGAAAAAGUUACAACAAUUUUACUAAAUAUCUCAGAAAAUAUUGAUUUCAAAGAAAACAGUUUUAUACAGAAAGUGAAGCUUAUGAACAGCUCUACAAAAAAGAUUUUAUACAUUUUUUACAUCAACUUAGUAUUUUGACCAUUAUGACAAAAUAUUUCCACGGGAGUGUAUAAAUAAUGGUUUUUGGAAAGCUUUCAUGGGCAUCAAUUUUUAUUUGAAACUUUUAUUCUAUAAUCAAUAUUUUCCGAGAUAUUUCAUAAAAUUGGGGGCUUCAUCAGUAACUUCUCGUUUUCUCAAGUAUUCAGAUUUUUGUGAGACAUUAUACCACAGUAUUCAUUACUUAUAUACU